AUGUCUUCUCAACAGAAAAUCUAUAACAUUUCUUUGCGUCGUCUGCCAUCCAUACGCAGUGGUGUCACUGUUUUUUGGAUUGAAGAUUCUGAUAAUUCAUCGUCUUGGUUAACAAAUAUUCAAGCUGUGGUUGCUAAUAUUAAUACACGUAUUCUUGGAUAUACUCGCUUGUCAAAAUGCAUUAAAUAUUUAAAACAAGCAACAUCAUACGAACAUGUGAUUGCUAUUUUUAUUGUCAACAAUAGUGCCAAUGACAACAACGAAGUAUCGAUGCUAACUAAUGAUCUUUGUCGAAUUCGUGAAUAUAGCCAAAUACAUUCUAUAUUGGUAGUGUCUCAUAUGAAUAUAGCUGAUGGUAAUGAUAUGACUAAAAUGUUAAAGAAUUCUUCAAAUGGCCUUGGCCAAGUAUUAGAAGUGUUUUCUGAUUGUCAAUCGAUGUCAGUUCGGUUGCAACAGUUAAUUGAUAUUUUACAAGAAGUCGAUGACGAAGUACACAAGCCAUUUAAUCAACGAGUACAAUCACUACGAGAUGUUCGGCAGCAGUUGGGCGGGUUCAUAUGGAGCUGUUCAUUCAAAAAAUGUAGUAUUAAUAUAAUUGCUAAAGUUAAAGUAACUGAUUGCCCAAUGUUAUUUCUAACGAUGCUUAUAUUUUAUGCUGUAGCUAUUCUUAUGGCAAUGAAUCAUCAUUCAGCAAGAGCUAAACAACAAAUGUUAACUGAGUUACGUGCACAUUGCCGCGGAAAUAAGCGACAGUUGGAAAUAAUCGAUGAAUUUAAUCAUUCUUAUUGCGCCUCUGAUGCUAUUUUUUGGUAUACUAAACCAUGCUUCUUUUAUCGUCUGGUUAACAGUGCCUUGCGUACAGGCAAUCCACUCGAUCAAUACACAUUUCGUUAUUUUCUUGUUGAUAUGUGCGAAUAUCUAGAAAUGGCAGCUGCAGCAACUAGGGCACUCUAUACUACACCAUUUCGUGUCUAUCGUGGAGCUCAACUGUGCCGAGAUGAAGUCGAACAGCUCCAUAUUGGUACACUUGUAGCUAAUAAUGGUUUUUUCUCGUCAUCACUACAUUUGGAUGUUGCUCAACAGUUUAUUGGCAUCGAUUUAGAUACCGGUAUGUCACCCAGCCAUGGUCGUAGUGAUAUAAGGCAAUAUUCUCUAUUCAAAAUCGAAGUAGACUUGGCAAAAUCCCCUGAUAUAAUUAUGGCUGAUGUAUCUAGCGAAAGUACUGUUCCGGAUGAAAAUGAGAUUAUUUUUGAUUUGGGUACCACUUUCAUUAUCACUGAUAUUUUCUAUGACGCUGAACAUCGUAUAUGGCAUAUUCAGAUGACUUUAUCAUCGGAAGUGGCUCAACUUCAUUCUGACUAUACGAAGUACAUUCGAAAACGUCUAACAGAAAUAGAGCCUGCACUGUUAUUCGGCAAUGUUUUAGCAGAUAUGUUAAGUGAUUUCAAAGGAGCUCUAUCCUAUUUUCAUCGUCUGCUGCGUACACUUGACAAAGAUGAUGAGAAUCGUGCAAAUGUUUAUUUUCACUUGGCACGUGUCUAUCGCUAUGUUAAAAAAUAUCAACAAGCUAUCACAUAUUAUCGAUGUGCUCAAUUGUUACAAAGACGUAGACUACCACAGACAAACUUUGAUUAUGCUCGAACAUUAUCAGGUCUUGGGGUUAUUUACUUAGAAACUGGCAACCCAGCACGAGCUAUAUCUUUAUUACAACAAGGAACAAUCGUCAAACGUCGUGUAUUACCAGAAGAUCAUUUAGAAUUUGCGCAUAUUGCAAAUCGGCUAGCUCAAGCUUAUUGCCAAGAAAAACAGUAUGAACCUGCAGUUGCUCUACUUCUAAAAACUCUAUCAUUCUUCAAAAGAAAGAUGCCUACAGAUCAUCCGUGCGAAGCACAAUCAUUACACAUGAUGGGCGUAGUGCAACAUGAAAUGGGAAAUCGAGAGCAGGCACUAGACUAUUUUCAACGAGCUUUGCGAAUACGUGAAAACCUGCUAGCUAAAGAUGACCCAGUCGUUGGUGAAACAUGUUAUGAACUGAGUGUAAUUCAUGCUGAACGUGAUGAAGAGUACGCACUAGCACUCAGCUUUGCUCAGAGAGCAUUGGAUAUUUUUCAAAGUAAAUGUUCGGCAAAAGAUAGCGAACUUCAACGAGUUGUCCAACUCAUCGAUCGAUUAACUCAAAAAACGACGUCUAUAAGUUCUUGA